GAGGCGCCCUAGACGACCGAGGGCCGUAUCCAAACAAGUGUCGUUAUAUACGUGUAUAGAUAGGAUAUCGAACUGGGGAUACCUGUCUCAGCCACAGCAGUAAUAUGACAACUAUAGCUUGCGGAGGGGGACCCUCCCUGGACCAGAGGCGAGCGUUCGCCGCCCUCAGGGAUGGGACACAUGUACCUGGGUACAGGGGAUAUUGCCCACAAAUCAAAUACAGGGUUGGCAAAACAUAUGGAACGGAUACCCACAUCCUAGCAGGGGAAGUCCAGCACAGACAUCCUGCUUCCGUGCUUGCAGCAACGAUUCCAGCCCCUCCCAAACAACUCCCAGACGCAACCGGAGACAACAAAUAUACCAAGAAUAUGGUCCCUGGCUAUACAGGUUAUAUACCAAGGAUUCCUUUUAAAUUUGGUAAUACAUACAAAGAGGACUGUGAUUACUGCAUAGAUGAACAUUUGACAAAUAGGAAAGGUUAUGACCUAAAACAGGCCGACCUUCGACAGCAAAUAAAUGGCCAUCCAAGGCUUACUGCAAUAUCAUAUGAUCCUGAAGUCAAGGAGAGGCUCAACAUGUACAGGGAUACACAUCCUACAAAAUCCAUCUUAGUCGAGGAUAAGAGAGGACUAACAGAGCCCCCUAUUCCUGGUUACCGUGGCUACAUCCCCAGAAUUAAAGCAACAGAAAUGGGUUUGGGCAGCCGUUACAACCAGACGACUAAGAAGGGCUUAGAACUGUUUGUACAAGAGACAGCAGCCAAUGCGGCACGAAGCACAGGCAAAUUGCCUCAGUCACUAUCAACGGUUUCACACCAGACAUUGAAGAGUGCGCCUCCCAGCUUUAACAGACGUCUAUAUGUCAAUGAUGGCAUGAUCCCCAAAUACACAGGAUAUAUACCUCAUCGAAGAUUUGUGUUUGGAAAUACAUACGGAGACACAACAAGAUCUUUAAAUGUGUGCAGUCAUCCGAGUCAGUCAUACGGGGACUUCCUCCGCUCAAAAACCACACUGUAAUAAUCAUAACACCAUGCCCGUCAUCAGCUUACAGUUGAAAAAGAGAAGAAAAAAAACAUUAAGAAUUUAUGUCUUAGUAGACCUUUGACCUCUAACUGUGAUAUAUACCAUACUCAGUAUGACAUUUUUCUGAGGAGAGCCCAGUUUACACGACGCCACUGAGUGCCUCUGUCAGGAACCUAGAGAAAGACAACUAUUUAGGACCUACGAAACAUUGGCAUCUGCUGGACCAAGCAGCUGCAUGUCUUGUUCAGAGUAUUGUUAACCCAAGCAAAAGCUGUGUUGUCUUAAACUAUUGAGUGUUGGGCCUUUUUUCUGAUACCAACAAAAGUGGACCUGUUGGAUUAGAUUUCACUGAUGGUAAUACAACAUUGUACCGUAGUAGAAUUAUCUGUUAUUAAGGGACCAUCGGUAAGAAGGUGUAAUUUUAUUUUUUCAAUAUCAUAUAUAUCUCGAACAUCCUGACAAUGAACAUAGUGAAAUAAUAAUUGGAUGUUUCAAAUAUAAACGAUUGGCCCAUCAUGACAGUAUACUGUAUUUGACCGAAGGCCUAGGACAGUGUUUCUGUGUAUGACUGCUUUACAUGUAACUGUUAUGUCCACUGCCUAUAAAUGUUCACAUGGUAUGUCUGGGGUUCAAGAUGAUAAAUUGUUGAUAUGAGUGUCCGGAAAUUGUACCAUCCUUUAAAUAUGUCCACUACAUGCAAGUCAUCUCAUGAGUCAAUUGAAGGUCAUCAAUGAUGAUUUUGUCAUCUCAAAGUGUUACGUAAAGAACAUUGAUGAUGAUUUUGUGGGUGGAUGUUAAAGAAUUAAAAAAAAAAAUAGAAUCAUUACAUCACUAAAGACAAAUUCCAAAGUAAGAUAUAAAAUUACAGUUUUAUAACUGAAGCAUACUUGUGGUGUAGGACACUGGACCUGCUGAACACUAUACUUUCUUAUAUUUAACAUAGAACCAUGUAUAUUUACUAAUGUUGCUGUAUAUAGAUGUAGAAUUUAUUGUAUUUUUAAUAAAUGUUAAAAUAUACAAAAUAUCAUUUCAGUAUUAUCUCGUAUGUUGUCAGUAUAUAAUGUACCUCUAUUUAUCCUUGCUAUCAUUACCACAUUCUACACAAAUCUUUUGAGUUUUGAGGUAUUUCCCUCAAAUCUCAAAAUACCCGGUACUUUGAAAUCAUAGAUACUGUGUAUGGUAUAUUGAUUCUGUCUCAUAAAAUAUUGGUAAUUUUCACUAAAAUUGAUUUCUUUUUUCCCCUCUUCAUUGUUAUUACAUUCAAUGUAACAAAAUUUAAAUUCAAUUAUAAAGUAGUUUAAAAAUAACCUUUAAAUAAAGAAGAACUGAUAUAUUUUACAUGGUUAACCAGAAUCACAAAUAACAAUUAGAUACAAUGUAUAUUAAAAUAGUAGAAACACUAGGAAUAGACUACUAUUCAUUUUUAUUCUGCACAUGUCAUACAACUUUAUGUUACAUCUUUUAUAUCGAAAUUUAUUUUAGAAAUAUUUAAUACAAAUUUCAAGAUUGAAAAGUGAUACAGGCAGAUAGCCAUCUUAUUGUUGUUUUGCUUUGGUUUUUCGUUUCUGAUAUUUUAUAUAGAUAUAGAUAUAUACUGUAGUAAUAACUGGCUCAAUUCAGUGUUAAUUUAUUGAUUUUUUUUUUAAACAUAUUUUAUUGUGUCGUGCCAACCUAGCUAAAUGUAUUGCUUGAAGGAGACAAACACAAAGAAUUUGUUAUAUUUUAGCAUACAGAGGUCACUAUGAUAUAUUAGUGCAUCAUGUAGUGGAUUUUUUUAUUUAAAAGGAGUUGAAUCUGAUCUAUAGAAUAGUAGAACCAUUACUUUCCAGUGACUAGAGCCCAGUAGACAGACUUUUCCAUACUUAUACCUUCAUUUUCACUAAAUAUUAGUUUUACCUAUCCAUAAUGAUGUAUGUAUACACGUGGUAAUUUAAGGUUGUGAUAUGUAAUUGGGCUGGGACAAUGUAUUGGAAAACAUAAAACAUACCCUCUAAUCAAAAUAAUGGGACUAAAGGGAAGUAACUCUUACAUCACAACAACAGAGUUGUAUCAUGCUGUAAUUUUCCUAUUUAAAAGUGCAUAGUUCAUAAUUUUGGUUCUUCUACAACAUUCUCAUCAAGGUUAUAUAUGAUAUUCCUUUGAAAUUAAAAGCAUUAUUGUAAAAUUCA